AUGCCAGGAAAUUUGAACACAACGAUAAAUGGAUCACAGCCAUCGAGCUGUUUCGGCAUUUCUAAAGCAGAAAAAAUUGGAAAAACAUUUGCCUUCUGCCUGAUUUUUCUUGUUUCGCUGGCUGGGAACACCGUCAUCGGAAUAAUUGUCUACAAGGCGAAAGACAUGAGAAAACCCAUCAACUUUUUAAUCGUAAACAUGGCCAUGUCUGAUCUGCUGUAUGCGAUAUUUGUUAUUCCUCGGGAGAUACCAAUGCUCUAUAUAGACUCCUGGCUGAUCGGUGAUCGUCUUGGCCAGGCCUUAUGUAGGCUGGCAAUCUUCUUAACAGAUUUCUCUGGUUUUGUGUCUAUUCAGAGUCUGGUUCUGAUAGCAGUGGAUCGAUUUGGAGCUGUGGUAUUUCCCCUCCGUUCCCCACUCAUAAGUUCAAAGCUGUGCCCGGUCUUCAUUCUCAGCGUUUGGGUCGUCGCGAUGGCUGUAAGCUCCCCAUAUAUCUUCGCCAUAAAACUUGUGGAAUAUCCAGGAGGAUUGGAAUGUCGGAUGCACUGA